CUUGACAUAAAAUCCCAUAUCCAGCUUUGUGUUCCCGCCUUGUAACUUCCAUCAACCGCCUGUGCUCUUCGACACACGGGCUGAGCCCAACGUAGUCCUCGACGAUCCGCAGUGUACUCGUGCAGUCCGCAGCGCCCGCCUGGCAAUCACCUGUCGAGAACCCUAACGUCCAACAGCUUUUCUGCGACCGUUUUGCUUAUAUAUACCAUUCUUGAGCGUGCGAGUCCAUCGCCUCCUGCCGAAGAGCUUCCACGGGAUGAGUACGAGACCGCCAUCGAAGCGAGGGACGAACAUACUCCUGCGCGCAUAUAACAACAACCUGCGACCAGUGGUCGCCGUCGUUGCCACCGUCUCGGCAAUAGGGUCACUCAUAGCGGCGAUAAGCUGUUUCCGCUCCAUCAACGUGGAUAAGGAUUAUGGAACGGCCAAACUUGCUACGUUUGCCAUCAUUGUCGGCUCCUUAUAUGCAGGAGUCUGCGGAGUGCAGGUGUUCGGCAUCGCCACUGCCGUCUCGCAACGGUUAUGGAUGGCGCGGAUAUAUGCAAUGCUCUCGGUCGUCUCUGCUGGCCUUGUGGUCGGAGCAGCACUGAUGAGAGUCAUCGUUCACUUCAUUUUGAAGAAUGACCUCAUUAAUGAAUGCACAACGAUCUCGCAGGGAGACGUUGUUGUUUCCGUUUUCGGAUUUUGGGGCACGACAUACGAGACAAAACUUACGCAAGAUGAAGCAAACUCAUAUUGCAAGGACAUCUGGCAUCAUGACUCCUUCGUAGAAAUCCUAUCUCUGAUUGUUGAGAUCGUCAUCACUGCAUUCUUCAGCUCGGUUGCCUUUGCCUACUUCCACCAGCUCAACGACCCCACCAGCGCCGCCAACGUCACCCGUGUACGCGUCACCGACACAGAACCACGCGAGGGAGGGUAUCCGGUGCACUACAACCCGCCGUACCUUGAAUAUGACGCGCCACCCGCGCCGGUGUAUGACCCCAGCAAAGAGGACGACCUGCCAUAUGGCGGGGCGAAGCCGCCCAUGUACACUGAGUCCGGAGACGACUUGGGCACGUAUGGCUCAAGCUAUGACAAGAGCAAGCUAGAGAAAGAUGACCCGUUCGCGGACUUCGAGGCGACAGGCGCAUUGAAGGGAACCGACCACGCGGAAAGAGGUGACUUCGUGUAAGCAUGCCCGUUCCACGAUGAGCUGAGCGAUUUGUCUUCAUAUUGCUUCUGUCCGCCUGUCACAUUUGUUGAUAUUGCUAAAUGUACUUGUCUAUACCAUACCUUUCAUGGUCUCCUGGACUUUCUGCUUUGAUCAUGGAAUGUGUCAAAUCCAUUCCUAAUUAUAUUGUACAUGGAUUAUUAAAGGUUCUUAUUCACAACGGG